GAUUUUAAAUACGUCCUAUAAAUAUAGAGGAAAAAAUUAUGAUACUUCCCACAUAUUGAUACUAUCUACGGUCUUUCAAGAAGAAAGUGGAAAACAUUAAAAUCUAAUUUAUUGAAAUGAUGAUGGAGCUGAGUCAUAGUUUGACCCUCAAUGAGGAUGCCCUUAAUCAAAUCCCAGAGGCUAAACGACCAGUUUUUAUAUUUGAGUGGUUACGUUUUUUGGAUAAAGUCUUAAUUGCUGCACAAAAGAGUGAUAUUAAAGGAUGCCAGCAAAAACUGGUUGAACAAGCUGCUAUAUGUUGUGUGGGAUGUAUGUAUGAAAAAUUAGGAAGGAUGAUGGGCAGGUCAUAUGAAGAGACUGUACAAAUCUUAAUAAAAUCCUUACGUUCUGCAGAAUCACAAACACGAAUAGAAAUUAUGCACACCUUAGAAAAGGUUUGUGCUGGUAUGGGAUCUGCAAUUACAAAUGUUCAUAAAGAGAUAUAUAAAGUUUCUAGACAUUAUCUCACAGAUAGAGUAAUGGCUGUAAGGUGUGCUGCUGCAAAGUGUUUAUUAGAAAUGUUAAAACAUGCUCCAUUUUUGUAUACCACUGAAAUAGAGAGUGUUGCUACACUCUGUUUUCGAGCAUUUGAAGGUUCAAAUUACGAAGUGAGAUGUGCUGUUGCAAAAUUACUGGGUACACUAGUAGCAAUGACUCAACUUCCAGCCCCAAAAGGAAAAAAUCCAUCAGUUACACAAAAUAAAAAUUCAAAACAAAUUUCACUUGAUGAAGUACUGAAUAUUUUAAUGUCUGGAUUUUUAAGAGGUGGAGUAGGUUUUUUAAAAGGUACUGGAGAAAUAAUAAAAGGAAGUUCUAGUGUAAAUAGAGAAGUUCGAGUCGGAGUCACGCAUGCAUAUGUUGUGUUUGUACAAAUGUUAGGAGGGUCAUGGCUUGAACGUAAUGUUGGUACAUUAGUUGCACAUGUACUUGAUCUUGUAACAAAUCCGAAAGCAGCUAGUUCGCACGUUGAUGCUGUCUAUUCUAGGAAAUGCGUUAAUUUUAUAUUGCACGGUACUGUAGGAAAGUUAUUGGGUGAAGGAGCUCAAGCUGCUGCGUGUAAAGAGAUAGCGCACAUUAUUUUAAAACAAAUGAAUUCUAUUGACUUUAGUCCAGAAAAUGCCAAGGAUUGUAAUCAAGAAACAUUAUUUAGUCAGCAUUUAUUAGUUUGUGCACUGCAAGAAAUGGGAAAUUUGAUCUUAGGACUCGGUACAACAGCUUGCAAUCUAUUGUCUGAUCAGUCUUUGAGUCUGAUUGACACAGUUAUGGCUGUUUUGGUUCACCCAUGUCAAGCUGCUAGACUUGCAGCCUCUUGGUGUCUACGUUGCAUUUGUGUAGCAGUUCCAAGUCAAAUAACACCUUUGAUUGAUCGUUGUGUUGAUGGAAUUGAAAAUAUGCGUAGUUCACCAGAAGCUAUAGCUGGAUACAGUAGUGCAUUAGCUGCAGUUCUCGGAAGCGUCCGUUUAUCACCACUUGGAGUGCCCCAUACGAAAGGAAAAAUUAUUUUCAAUACUGCAGAAGAACUUUUGAGAAGUGCAAGUCAAAAUAGUCGUUUAUCAUUGAACAGAACGCAUGCUGGGUGGCUUCUUAUUGGGGCUAUAAUGACACUUGGAACGGCGGUUGUGAAAGGAUUGUUACCUAGAAUGCUACUAUUGUGGAGAAAUUCUUUUCCACGUUCAAAUAAGGAACUUGAAAGCGAAAAAGCUAGAGGUGACGCUUUCACUUGGCAAGUAACGUUAGAAGGUCGAGCUGGUGCAUUAUCUGCAAUGCAUAGUUUUCUGUUGCAUUGUCCAGAACUUUUAAAUGAUGAUAUUACACGACGACUUUUAACACCAAUUGAGUCUGCAUUGGCAAUGUUAACAAAUUUGUCACCUGUGUUAAAAAAUUACGGACAACAAUUGAAAGCUCCAGCUGCUAUGGUUCGUUUACGUUUGUACGAAACAUUAUUAUUAUUACCAUCUCAAACUUUUGAAGGUUCUUAUACACAUCUCCUAAGAAUGUUGGUAUCAGAGUUCACAUUAACUGAAAAUCCUGGGAAUACUACUACUUCAUUAUUGCGUGCAGUCUGUCAUGCUAAUGAUUCUGUAAUACUCGGUACAUGGUUACAAGAAACUGAUCAUCGUACGAUUGAAGAUCAGAUGGAACCAAACAGAAGGGCAGAUUUGGAACAUCUACAGCCAAAUAGUGCUGCAGGGUCUGGAGCUUUAGAACACAAUCCAUGUUGUCUUUAUAGACCAGUACCACAAGAUGAAAUAAUUCCUGGACCUUUACCUUUGGGAGUUGCUGUCAUUGACCUCUCUGUAUCUUUGUUUGGCCAAAUAUUUCCACGUGUAGCGAAUAAACAUAGGUUGCAGAUGUUGGAUCAUUUUAGUGAAUGUAUAAAACAUACGAAAUCUGGUAGACAAGAAGCAAUUCAGAUGAAUGUUUUUACGGCUGUGCUGAGUGGGUUAAAGGGUCUCCAUGAAGCAAAGACUGGUUUUGGCCAAGAAGACGUUAAGAAAUCUGCGACUAAUCUCAUUAUUAGCGCUUUAGUAAGUAAUAAUUCUAUACUAAGAUGGGCAGCAGGAGAAGCUGUUGGAAGAAUGGCUCAGGUUAUUUCUGAUCCCAAAUUUACGGCGGAAUUAGCACAAACAAGUUUCGACCGUUUAAAAUCUGCUCGUGAUGUUGCUAGUAGAACUGGUCAUUCUUUGGCGUUAGGGUGUCUUCAUAAAUACGUGGGUGGAAUGGGAUCUAGUCAGCAUUUAAAUACAAGUGUCAGUAUUUUACUUGCACUUGCUCAAGAUAAUUCAUCUCCUGUAGUACAAGUAUGGGCAUUACAUGCUCUUGCACUUAUAGCUGACUCUGGUGGACCAAUGUUUCGAGGCUAUGUUGAACCUACAUUAUCUUUAGCAUUAACUCUUCUUCUUAAUGUACCACAUUCUUAUAUCGAUGUACAUCAGUGCAUAGGAAAAGUUUUGUCAGCUCUUAUCACAACAAUAGGACCAGAAUUACAAGGUAACACCUCGUCAAUUUGUAUGGCACGUUCGUCAUUUCUGUGUGCUUGUGCAAUUAUGCAAGAUCAUCAGGAUCCUCUUGUACAAGCAGAAGCUACAGGAUGUCUUCAACAAUUACACUUAUUUGCACCGAGACAUGUUAAUUUAUCUUCUCUUGUUCCUACAUUAUGCCGAACUUUAUCAAGCAAUCAUCUGCUUUUACGUAAAGCCGCAAUAUCUUGUCUUCGACAACUCGCUCAACGGGAAGCAAAAGAAGUAUGCGAACAUGCAAUGACAUUAGCAAAUGAGAGUCGGGAUACUAACAUAGUAGAAGGUCUUGUUAUAACAGAAACUGGUCUUCCUGGAGUCUUAUUUAGUAUGCUAGAUACAGAAACUGAUAGCAAACUAAUUAAAGAUAUUCACGAUACAUUAACCAGCAUGCUGCAAAUUUUAGCAGCGGACAAUUUAUCUCAGUGGUUAUCUUUGUGUAAAGAUGUUCUUACGAUAGCUUCAGAAACGUGUAAUAACGAAGAAGGAAAUACUAUUCAUGUUGAAGAUAGCACCACAGACAAUGAUAAUGCAGAUGCAGAAGGAGAUGACGAUCAAGCCGAGUUCCAUGCUGACGAAUCUACGAAACAACGACCAACUAUUACACCACGAUGGCCAACUAGAGUUUUUGCAGCACAGUGUGUUAGGAAAAUUGUUGCUGCUUGUGUAUAUAAUAAACAAGCACAUUUUGAUCUUGCCUUAGCUAAGGAAAUGCAAAUGACCAAAGGAAAAAGUGAUUUUUUGGUAUUGCAUCUUUCUGAUUUAGUACGAAUGGCAUUUAUGGCCGCGACAAGUGACUGUGAUCCUCUACGACUUGAAGGACUGAAAACAUUACAAGAAAUCAUAGAUAAAUUUGCAAACGUUCCUGAACCAGAAUUUCCUGGACAUUUGUUACUUGAACAGUUUCAAGCACAAGUUGGAGCUGCGUUGAGACCUGCAUUUUCAACAGAAACAGCAUCACACGUUACGGCUGCAGCAUGUGAGGCCUGCAGCGCUUGGAUUGGAAGUGGAGUCGCUAGAGAUCUCAAUGAUCUUCGUAGAGUACAUCAACUUCUUGUAUCUUCUCUUGAAAAGUUAACGGAGGGACAUACACGAGCGCAACUUUAUAACGAAAGUUUAUUAACGCUUGAAAGGUUAGCGAUUUUGAAAGCUUGGGCAGAGGUGUAUGUUGUUGCUAUGAUAAAGGAUGGUUCUGCAUUAAAUAGUAAAGACUCAUUCAAUCAAAAUUCAAAUCAAGCAGAUGAUGGAAGUUCUGAAGAAUUUGGAAAAUUUGAAUUUCAGACAGAAAGCUUAUUAAGUUUAGUGCAACCAGAGUUACUAAGUUUAAGUCAAUAUUGGUUAGCUGCUUUAAGAGAUCAUGCAUUACUUUCGUUACCACCAGAAUUUUCCAGUCAACUACCACAUGAUGGUGGAGCCUUUUACACAACGGAUACGAUGGAAUCUGCUCGACCUCAUUAUGCAGAAUCAUGGGCACCAAUUCUGCAUGCUGCAACACUUUGGCUUAAUGCAAAAGGAUUUGGAUUGGAAGAAACGAAAAAUGAAGUGAAAACAUCAAACACAACUAACAAUAAUAAUAAUAACAACAACAAUGAUGUUUCUGCCAAAACUAAUACCAAUGUUGAACGCUUCCAUUUAUUAUUUGGUAUAUGUAUGGAAGCUCUGUGCAGUCCUCGUGCUUCGGAGUGUAGUCAAAAUAUAGAAACAUGUUUAAACGCCUUAUAUACUUUACUAGAUUCUACCUGGGCUCGUAAAGUGUUGAUUACGGAUCGCUCAUUACCAAUUGAAUUGUGUAAUGUUCUUCACAGAAUGCUUUUAACGAGAGAAAGUUACGUAAUUCAAAUGAUAGUGAUGGAAGUCUUAAAACAAGUAAUGAAAGCAGCACAGAAAGAUUUGGCAGAACGAAAGAAAAUUAAACUUAUAGAAAUAUCAUCAGCACAUGAAGAAAGUAACGAAACGCAAGAUGUAGAUUUAUUAGGGGAAGGAGAAGAAAACGGUGAACUUACUCCAGGAAAAUCAUUGGUGUUCGCUAUUCUUGAAGUGUGCUUGUGUCUUUUAGUCCGACAAAUACCAGCGCUAAAUCCUAAUCCAGGUGGAACAACAGCGAUUUUGUCGCAAAGAGGAUACAUGCCUUCCGAAGAAAGUGGAAAACUGAUAGCAGCUGCACUGAAUAUAAUGGAAUCCCUUCCUACUCUUUGUUCUGCUCAGGGGGCUACAGCAAUUUUACCCACAUUGCUGUACCUAGCAACUGGAGUAAUUAGAGAAACUGCAAUACGUGCCGAUAAAGAAUGUAGCAAUAAAACAACGUCAGAUGCACCAGUUCAUGCAGCUUUACACUGUAUAAAAAAUCUUAUUACAAAUAAAUAUGCAAACGAUCAUAGAAGUCAAGAACAAUGGACAAGUCUUUUGCAAAGCGCUCUUGCUAAAAUUAUCGAUCUCGCUAAAACAGGAAAUGAUGAAACGAAAAUGGACGAGGUAGCAAUGAUGUUGGGUAUUGCGGUAUUUGUUCUUCAUGCAUCACCAGAUGUUGUGAGUGCGCCGAACCUACAGUUUCCAUGUAUCAAUCACUUUAGACAUGCUUUUCAAUCAGAGAAUAUAAUGGUGAAAUUAAAAUGCGUUCAAACAUUGAGAACACUAUUUUUACAUCCAGACCGUAUAAUAAGUACACCCUAUAUCCAUGCGUUAGCUCCAAGAUUAGUAGAAUAUCUGUACAGUGAUAAGAGCAAACAGGUUACGACUGAUUUAGAGUUGUCUUUUACUUUGGAAUGUGUUAGCACAGUUAAAGCUCUUAUAGGACUUGCCGACCUUUCUCAUCAGUUUCUUGUACAAGCUGAAUAUCUUUCAGUAGACCCAUAUAUGCGUCCUUAUGUUCUAAAAUAUCCAUUGGGUAUUACAAUGAUCGGGGCACAAGUAGGUAAAAUCAUUGAAUCAAACAAUCCAAAGUAUCCAGUUGGAAAAAGAAUUGUUGGUUACUUGGGAUGGAGAACACACACAAUUGUAAAUCCACAAGCAUAUACUGAAGUUGAUCUUAUAAGCCAAAAGCCAAUGAUCUUACCUGAUAUAGGAAGUUUGUCACCAUCACUAUGCUUAGGAGUCUUAGGAAUGCCAGGAAAUACAGCAUAUUUUGGUCUUCUAGAGAUUUGCAAACCAAAAGAAGGUGAAACUCUUGUUGUCAGUGGAGCUGCAGGAGCUGUUGGUUCUCAUGUUGGUCAAAUAGGAAAAAAUGUUCUUGGACUUCAAGUUAUUGGUAUUGCUGGUUCAGAUGAAAAGUGUAAAUGGCUUGUGGAAGAACUUGGUUUUGACCAUGCUAUUAAUUACAAGACUGAGAAUGUUGCAGUUUCAUUGAGGAAAGCUGCACCUGCAGGAGUGGAUUGCUACUUUGAUAAUGUGGGAGGAGAUAUUUCUAGUGCAGUUAUGUAUCAAAUGAAACCGUUUGGUCGUGUAGCUAUAUGCGGAAGUAUUUCUUCGUAUAACGCAGAUGCUUCAUCAUUGCCAAAGGCGACUAUUCUUCAACCAACGAUGGUGUUUAAUCAAUUAAAGAUGGAAGGCUUCAUUGUAUCUCGUUGGGCCGAUCGUUGGUCAGAGGGCAUACUAAAGAAUCUUCAAUGGAUACGCGAAGGAAAAGUUCAUCAUCGUGAAACAGUUACAAAGGGAUUUGAAAAUAUGUUUGAUGCAUUUGUUAGCAUGCUACAAGGAAAAAAUACUGGCAAAGCUAUUGUUCAAGUUUAAAGAAAGAAUACUUCAGUAAUCUUAAAGGUACAAUUUGUUUAAAUAUAUUAGCAUGUCUAUAAAAUAUGUUUUGCCCUUUCAAUUUAAGGCAUCUGAUAAUAUCUUAAUUUUUAUACAUCUCUAUGAACUUUUAUUACUUGUAUAAAUUUGAAAUUUUACACACAUCUGCCAAUUGUACAGUGCUCAUAAAUGACAAAAUAUACAGAAUAAUUGGCAUAGACAGUUUUAUUGCAAUAUAUUACACAGAUCAUAAUGCAUCACAAUGAAUAAUUACAUUUGGUUUUUUGUUGCCAGAGAGCAUAAUUCUUAAAUCUUAGGUACAUAUCUUAGGAAUCGUAACAUUACGUCUAGUACAACCUUAUACGAUACCUUACAGAAAAUUUCGCAAACUUACAUCCAUUUCUAAUUACAAUAUAAUACAUGUCUUGGUUUAGUGGAAAUUCCAUUGUGCCGAAGCUUUCACAAUAGAUACAAAUUUUAACAGAACUUUCGAUAUAUUUCAAAAA